AUGGCUCAAACAGAGCCUACAGCACAGAUUGGCUCCUCAGAGCCGUACACAAUCUUUACAGUCCCCCAGAAAGCUCUCAUUGUCACGAUCGUCUCAUUCGCAGCUACGCUUUCUGGCUUCGCCUCGAAUAUCUACUUUCCCGCUCUUCCUCAGGUCGCUAAUGACCUGUCAGUCACAACCAGCCUCGUCAACCUUACUGUGACGUGCUAUUUGAUAUUUCAAGGCUUGUCACCUACUCUAUGGGGUUCGUUGUCCGACACCAAAGGCCGCCGCAUCACCUAUGUGUGCACACUUGUCAUAUUCCUUGGAGCAUGUAUAGGGCUUGCAGAGACACGAAGCUACGCACAACUGUUGGUCCUUCGUUGUGUACAAAGCACGGGAAGUGCAAGCACAAUUGCAUUGGGUGCAGGAGUUAUUGGGGACAUUACCAAGAGAGAAGAACGAGGUGGAUAUAUGGGCAUCUUCCAAGGCGGACUUUUGAUGCCUGUCGCUAUUGGGCCCGUGAUUGGCGGUGUUUUAGCAGACAAGUUGGGUUGGAGAUCAGUAUUCUGGUUUUUGACCAUCUAUGGCGGGGUGUGUGUCCUCGUCAUUGUGCUGGUCCUGCCUGAGACACUGAGGUCGAUGGUGGGAAACGGAUCACAAGAACCAAAGAGAUAUGCGAUGUCCCCUCUGGCACUAUACCAGAGAAAGAAGCAUCUCAGUCAAGACACCACUCCUUCCGCAGGGGACGGGAAACCAGCACCGAAACACAUCGACUUUUUGGGUCCGGCGAAGAUCCUAUUCCAUCUCAAUACGUUUUGUGCGAUAUUCUACGUCGCACUCCACUACACAGUGUGGCAAAUGGUUCUCACCGCCGUUUCCACACUCGUCCAACAUAAAUAUCACACGUCAGAAAUCCAAGUCGGUCUCAUCUUCCUCGCCAACGGGUUAGGAUCUAUCAUUGGAACAGUUCUGGUCGGCAGAUUCUUGGACUAUGAUUACAAGCGCAUUGUUCGCAAAUAUGAUGGCGAUGAACAGCGCGUUCCUAUCGAAAAGGCUCGACUGAGGACUGUCUGGCUGUGGAGCGCACUUGAAUGUAUCUCCGUGCUGAUUUUUGGGUGGACCGUGGACCAAGGUGUUCAUAUUUCUGUGCCCAUUAUCUGUUUUUUUGUCCUGGGAUGGGCGGCUAUUUCUCUCCAAAGUGUGAUAUCGACCUACCUUGUCGACAUCCAUCAUACUCAGAGUGCUUCCGCAAUGGCUUCUUUAAACCUCGUCCGUUGUUUGUUGGGUGCCGGGGGAACUGCGGUGGUUGGGCCUCUGAUCAACAGUAUUCAUGUUGGCUGGACUUUUACCCUAUUGACUGGUCUCAUGAUCACACUGGGAGGUCUUGUUCUGGUUCAGAUCCUGUUUAGGCAGGCCCGGAAGCAGAAACUGAACCAAAAUCCACCGGCUGAAAGGGAAGGCCAGAGCAAGGUUUAA